AUGCUGCGAGGCUGGAUGUUCACCGUCCUCAUGCUGGCCGCCGGCUCCUCUCCUCAUCACCGGCCUCGUCUGUCCAUCACCGACUUUAACAAUUCCUCUGAUCAGUCUAUUAUUAUGUCUAACAUCGAAUUCGUAUAUGUCGAAGAUUAUUAUACACUCACAGAUAAAUCUCGUCACAAGCGAGAGUCUCAUCCUCUGAUCGGUCCCUUUGACAUGUCGAAGAUGUCCAGAAAUAGAAAACGUCCCAAAGUCGCCAAGCAUCUGCAGCCGACCGCCUCCCUGCUGCUCUCAAACGUAUCUGUACCUGAUGUCUCUCAAGCUACUUCUUCUAUACCUGACUCUAAAGUUACUACAUAUACUCCUGAUGACACUAAAAAUGAAAUCACAACCGAGUACAUAACCGACACUUAUAAAAUAUCCAAAGAAAAUAUAAUAUUGAAUCAUUUAGAAAGAACUACGAUGAAAAGUUUACUUAAAAGUGACAUAAAAAAUAUAAAACUCAUCAACAUUACUUCGAAAGUUGUAGGAAAAUCAAAAAUAAGAAAUAAAAUGUCAAGGAAAUCUAAAAGUGUGGCGGCAAGACAACGUGUUUUAAAUGUUAGAAACAGUGCUGAAAGUUCAGUGAGAACCAGUGACUUGCGACUGGCAAGUAAGAAAAAAACCGACAAUGAAAGUUUAUGGGCAGUGAAACACGCAGCGGUCGUGGAAGGCGACAUCAUACUGGGAGGACUUAUGAUGGUCCACGGGCGGGCCGGGGGCUCCUCCAGCUGCGGGCCGCUGAUGGCUCAGGGCGGAGUGCAGGCGCUCGAGGCCAUGCUGUACUCCUUGGACGAGGCUCAGAGAGCUGGACUCGCGCCGCCCGGCGUCACACUAGGAGCACUCGUGUUGGACGACUGCGACAGCGACACCCGGGGACUGGAGAUGGCCUUGGACUUCAUUAAAGGUUCGAUCGGUAACAUCGACGACGAGGAUUACGCUUGUAACGCCACAACCGUCAGGAAAGUGAUCACGGGAGUAGUGGGCGCCUCCUCCUCAGUGACAUCCGUACAAGUAGCGAACCUGUUGCGACUCUUUAAGAUACCUCAGGUGUCAUUCUUUUCGACUUCUCCGGAAUUAUCUAACAAAGCUCGUUUCGAGUAUUUUACAAGAACUAUUCCUUCCGACCUUCAUCAAGUUCGAGCACUGGUUGAAAUUGUGAAGAAGUUUGGCUGGAGAUAUGUCUCUAUCAUAUACGAGGAAUCCAAUUAUGGUAUAAAGGCAUUUGAAGAGUUAGAAACUCUGCUUUUACGUGAAGACAUCUGUAUCGCAGUCAAAGAAAGAUUGGUGAAGGACUCGGGUGCAGCGGACGACCGAGCUUACGACACAAUAGUAGAACGAUUACUGUCCCGACCGCGGGCUCGAGGUGUUAUCGUGUUUGGGUCGGACCAAGAAGUGGCAGGAGUGAUGUCGGCGGUGGGUAGGCGCGGGGCGGCGGGAUCCUUUGGGUGGGUCGGGUCGGACGGCUGGAGCGCCCGCGCGCUGGUCGCUGCCGGGAACGAGCCGGUCGUCGAGGGCACAAUCAGCGUACAGCCACAAGCCAACCCCGUCAGAGGCUUCCGAGACUAUUUUCUUUCGCUCACCCCUCGAAACAACAUUCGUAACCCCUGGUUUGUCGAAUUUUGGGAAGAACAGUUUCACUGUCGCUACCCUGGCAGCCCACGCUCACGUACUAACACUCAAUACGAGCCCUGUUCUGGCACGGAGCGUCUCUCUGUUGACAACACGGAAUUCGAAGCCCAGCUGCAAUUCGUGACUGACGCCGUGUUUGCGUUUGUUUAUGCUAUUCGGGACAUGCACAAGGAUGUGUGCGGAGGUAGACCGGGCCUGUGUGACCAGAUGCGACCUGUUAGCGGCCCCGUGUUGUUGCGAUACUUGCGACAAGUGCGAUUUAUAGGUCUCAGCGGAGACGAAUUUCAUUUCGACUCACACGGUGAUGGACCAGCUCGAUACAAUAUUCUACAUUUCAAACAAGUCUCACGAGGAGUCUAUCGUUGGCUUAAAGUGGGCCGCUAUCUUGAUGGAGUAUUGGAAUUAAAUAUGGACGAAAUUCAAUUUAAAUGGGAUGAAACAAAACACCCAGAGUCAGUUUGCAGCGCUGAGUGUGACACGGGACAAGCCAAACAAUAUGUGGAAGGAGAGAGCUGUUGUUGGCACUGUUUCAACUGCACUCAAUAUGAGGUUCUGUGGACGGUCUUCAGUCUUUUGCAUCUUUUUCCAAGUCAUCAUCUGCAAGUGUUAUCUUUCCAGAUCCGGUCUCCAUCGCUGGAGACGUCAUGUAUGGCUUGUCCUCUCGGUACUCUUCCUAACGCGCGCCGCACGCACUGCGCUCCCGUGCCCGAGCUCUACCUCCGCGCCGACACGCCCGCUGCUAUCGGCGCAAUGGCGUUUUCAUCAUUGGGGAUACUCUUGACCUUGGUCGUGGGUGGUGUGUGGAUCGCUCGUCGCGGCACGCCUGUGGUACGAGCGAGUGGUCGUGAGCUCAGCGGUGUAUUGCUCGCCGGUAUAUUCAUGUGCUACCUCGUUACAUUUGCGCUCGUAUUGCGACCUACCGACUUCCUCUGUGCUGUACAGCGAUUUGGAACAGGUUUCUGUUUCACCGUAAUUUAUGCAGCUCUCCUCACCAAAACGAACAGAAUAGCUCGUAUAUUCGAUGCCAGCAAACAAUCUGCGCGUAGACCCUCACUCAUUUCACCCAAAUCUCAACUUGUUAUUUGUUCUGUUCUGGUGUCCAUUCAGGUCGUCAUCGUGGUCGUGUGGCAGUCGGCGUCCCCUGCCCGCGCUAUCCACCACUAUCCUACUCGCGAAGACAACAUGCUAGUGUGUGACUCGUACGUGGACGCGUCUUAUACGAUCGCUUUCUUCUAUCCCGUCGUACUCAUCGUCGUCUGCACCGUGUAUGCCGUUCUCACCAGAAAGAUACCUGAAGCUUUUAAUGAGAGCAAACACAUUGGGUUCACCAUGUACACGACCUGUGUCAUCUGGUUAGCAUUUGUACCUCUAUACUUCGGCACCGCAAGUCAAGUGCCACUGCGCGUCACAAGUAUGGCGGUCACCAUAUCACUGAGCGCCAGUGUCACGUUGGCCUGUCUUUUCGCACCAAAGAUGCACAUCAUACUGUUUCACCCAGAACGUAACAUUCGUGGCACCUUGACGGCGUCUCGGUGGCGCGGGAGAGGCACGGCGCCGGGCGCUGUGUGCGCCGCUCUGGUGGGAGCCGCGCCUCUCCCCCGCUCCGCUCACACUCCCUCCACUGACCUCUCCACAUUAGACGUCACGGAGCGUUCGACCUCGACAGAUCGUCAAGUACAGACGGACGACAUCGAGCCGCCGCCUCGUAAUGGUGCUGUGGAACGGAACGGUCUCCACUUAGAUCCAAAGAAAUUAUCCGAAUUGACUUGUGGACUUCCCACGCUCGAGGGUGUGGCCAGGAGGCGCCGGCCAAGAGAGGACUGUCCCUCGAGACUGGCGGUCGCUGUGAUCGGAGCUCGGACGGGGUUAUAG